UUCUGCGUCACUCUCUCUCUCUCUCCUUCGUGUAUUUUGUUUUUAUUUUUCUCCCCAUUUUUUUUUGUUUACUGCUUCGUGUUUCUCGCUGUGUGCGUCCCCAAUAUGACACCGUAAUGACCCUAUCUCGAACCCUAAUUCCAUAAUCGGACCCUCUCCCUCACUCAAUCGCUCUCGCCGGACACUCUUUUCAAUAAAGCACAUUUUCUGGUAGUGAUUGCUAAGAAGAGUUCACACAGCUGUCAAAGACUCGGAGUUUAUCCCAAAAAGACAUCGGGUGGAGUGAGGGGCUCAUUCGGUAGUGGUAGUGAUUGCUAAUUCAUAGUUGGUAACAUUUCCUCUUAAAAUUUGUGUGCGGAGACGUAUAAAUAUGGAGCAGGAAGACAGCAAGGGAACCGAGAAUUCCCUUGAAGUGCCUUCAAAUCCUCAGUCAUCAGAAAAAGAUAGUAGCAAUGAGACAAGUCCUCCUGAAGGAUCCAAUAAAUCAGAGACUGACGGAUCCAAUAAACCAGAGACUGAAGGAUAUAAUAAACCAGAGACAGAAGGAUCUGGUAAGCUGGAGCCUGAUGGAUCCGGUCAACUGGUGACUGAGGGAUCCAGUCAACCAGAGCUGCAAGGAUCUAACGCACCAGAGCCGAAAGGAUCUAGUCAAGGAGAGUUGGGUAAGAAAAAAACUAAACGAGUGUUGAAGGUCAAAAGAAUCCGCAAGAAAUCAGCUAACACUGCUAAAGUAAAGGCAAAUGGAAACAAGUCCUUGCAAAAUGAUGGCAAGAAUAAGACAGUUCCUGUUGAAGGAUCUAAUAAACCAAAUGCUGAAGAAUCUACUAAACUGGAGCUUGAUGGAGCCAGUCAGCAAGAUCCUCAAGGAUCUAGUCAGCAAGAUCCUCAAGGAUCUAUUCAACCAGAGCCAAGUGACAAGAAUACUCCACGAUCAUUGAAGGCCAAAGCUAAAAUUGUUAAGAAAUCUAAAAAUGUUAAGGAAAACGGUUUACAACAGAUUCAUGGUAAAGAUAGAAAGUGGAAGAAGAACAAGAAGGUAGUUGGAAAGACCGACGAGCAACCUAAAGGGAAGAAUUUGGAGGUUGAAAAGAGUGAAGAGAAAGAAAGUCCAAAUAAGAGGACUAGUGACAAAGGUCCUAUUGAGAAGAAGCAUGAAGCUGAAAGAAGUAAGAUCGUAGAGUCAAAUAAGAGUGAGCCAAAACAGAAUAAUAAAGAGAAGCAUAGAGGGGCAGACAAGGGUUCUAAGAGUAGAGCAAAUAAAGAUAAGCAUGGUGGCAUGGAAAAUACCAGAUCAAGUGAGAAGAAAAGAGAAAAACUUGGUGGUGUCAUCUUCAUGUGCAGUGGAAAGACAAAACCUGAUUGUUUCCGAUAUCAUGUAAUGGGUGUCCCAGCUGGCAAAAAGGAUGUUGUUUUAGGAGUCAAGCCUGGGAUGAAGCUUUUUCUUUAUGAUUUUGAUCUGAAGCUGCUGUAUGGGAUUUACAAAGCUUCAUCUUCUGGUGGUAUGAAACUUGAACCCCGAGCUUUUGGUGGUAACUUUCCUGCUCAGGUGCGAUUCACCGUUUCUCGUGAUUGUUUCCCGCUACCAGAGAACAUUUUCAGAAAGGCUAUCAAGGAAAAUUACAAUGAAAAGAACAAGUUCAAAACCGAGCUUACUAUCAGACAAGUUAGGAAGCUUACUGAACUCUUCCGAACAGUAGAAGCUCGUUCAACCUUACAGCCAGUCCGCUCCCCUCCAAAAGCAAGGAUUCGAGAUGUGGAUGAUCGCGAUGUUGGUAGGGCGUACCAUCGGCACAGGGAAAGUGCUGCUGGGGAUCCGUAUACCAUUAGUAAUAUGAACAGAUACAAUGUGCUGCCUCAUGAGAGGGAUUCUCGAGUUGAACGCCGAGAGGAAAUUCCACGCGAUCUCUUUCUUACAGAGAAGAGUUAUCGAGCCUAUGGUCUCCAAGGAGAUGUAAGGUCUGUGGCCUCAGCUUCCCUUGUUAACCCUAUACUGGAACCUCCUUACAAGAGAGAUUAUGAGAGGGACCAUCUUCACCCAGAUCCUAUCUACAUUGAAAACGUCCCUUCACGCGUUGAAGAUCCUUAUUAUCGCAGUGCGAUUUCUGAUCGUAAAGAGGAUCCUUAUUAUGCGUAUCGCUAUGGUGGUUCACCAAGAGAUCCAUAUUUGCCACCUUUAGGUAGGGAAGACAUCCCUAGAAGCUCUUAUGUGGUUGGGGGACGGACUUUGAUUGGGACUGGGACUGAUGACUUGCAGAGGAGGGAGACGGUCCAUGACAGGCAUUACUCAACAUAUUCUGCCGCCGAUGCCUUGUCUGAAUAUGAACGGAUGCAGCAAUACCGCCGAGAGAAUUUGGAAUCCGCAUCUGUGCCAGUUUCAUCUCGUUAUUCUUUUGCUGGCACUUCAUAUUCACUCCGCUGAAGUCAACAAUGUCUCAUGUUACUCUUAAGAUUAUCUUCCAAUCUGGUGCCUCACCUUUAAUAACUUGUAUGGAUGCUGGAUGGUACUUGCGUUUCUGUGGAACUUCUGCAGAAAAGCAUUCUACAUUCUGUCUGGGAUUUGAAAGCUGUAAAAUGAACAAAUUGAAAUUGUUGAUGACAAUUCAAGGAGCAGGCACCAUUAGCUGUUGUUUUAACUUAAUCAUAAUUUGUUGUUCAUUUCUAAUUUUAAUAUGCUGGUACAAUGGUUUGUUUAUUA